CCGUGGUCAAAGACACGUCAUUCAGAGGAUACGUCAUCCCAAAAGGCACCACCAUCAUGCCUGUUCUGACCUCGGUGCUGCACGACGGCAAGGAAUUUCCCAACCCCACCGAGUUUGACCCAAGACAUUUCCUGAACAAGGACGGGACCUUCAGGAAGAGCAACUACUUCAUGCCCUUCUCAGCAGGCAAACGGGUCUGCGCAGGAGAAGGCCUGGCCCGCAUGGAGCUCUUUUUGUUCUUCACCUCCAUCCUCCAGAAUUUCAAGCUGAAGUCCCUCACGGACCCCCAGGACAUCGACAUCUCCCCCUUGGAAGGGGGAAUGAACAAUUUCCCUCGGCCGUACAAGUUCUGUGUUAUCCCACGCUGAAAAUCACACAUCUGGAGAACAGAAGCCCUGGCAUAGUCCAGGGUGACCAGACAAGCUCUAAUGGGUCUCCUCCAAAUCUGCACCCGUGGGAGGAUUUAACUUGCUUGUUAUUAAAUGUUCUUUGACCCCCA